AUCUAUUAUAAUACACAAAUAAUACACACAUUUAAUUUUGUUCAAGCCAUGUUGCAAUUUGCAGGAGUUACGAUUACAUCGUACAUUUUUUUGGGAAUCGUUCACAAUGUAUUUUUGCCAGCUGCAAUCGUUGGGUUGGGAAACGCUACCUGUAGUUAUAAAGUUAUGGAAAUAAGAAAAAUUACAGAUAGAUGUAUUAUUAAUGAAAAUAGCCAUAGUGAAGACAUAUAUCUGAACGACUACAUCUCAAGUCCUUACCAGUUAGUACUUAAGAGGUGUUCAUUAAAGCCUCAGUUAGAUGAAUGCCUUGAAAAAAGUAUAUCAGUAUGUCAAGAUUGUUUAAAUUCCACACAUCUCAAAGGAAUUGAUGUAUGGAAACAAAUAGAUAAUGAAGUUGCUGCAUACAUAUGCGAAGAUAAUGCCCUAAUUGCAAAAGAUCUACUCGAAAAAGGUGAAAGUAGCUGUUGGGGUAAAGGAAUUUCUGUUUUAACAAACCAAUGCCUGCUAAAUUAUAAAAAUCCUCUUCCUUUAUACGAUAUUGAAGGAAUUGGUAAACAAUGCAGCCAACUUGAAGAUUUAGAAUCAUGUUUUGAAAAAAAUGAACUACCUAUUUGUUAUCAAAAUGUAUUUAAGAAGACAACCAAAAAGAUAAUGGCAAUAGUAAGAUCUCAUAUGUGCAAAAAUAAUUAAUUCAGGAUA